AUUUCAUGUCUUCGAAUUAAGACAUUUGUGAGCCAAAAGGGAGUCGAAUCGUAGUGUAAAUACUGUUUUGAACCCGGGCGGGGUCACUAUUCGGCAGCUGCUUCCCCUUUGCGCUGCUGCUGAGAAAAGAAGGCGGGGUGAGUAUUUGGCAGCUCCGUCCCCGGAGGUGUGUGCGCGAGCCUCGGCGACGACUUGCAACAGCAAAGCGGGCAUCGAACAGGCAGGCGGCUGUUCCCUUUUUUUUUUUGGCAAGCAUCCUCAGUGCAACAAGCCCGACGAGUCGUUUGCAGCGCCCGCUGUGAUCCUACACUUUUUUUUGGUCAUCCGACCCCAACCGGGGUCAGACGCCAGCGGGCUAUCCGGCGAAAGCAAACCGGGAAUCGAUGCUCCUCGGCCCGCGUCCGUGCUUGUUUUGACCUGCUCGAAAAAGGAAUCCUGCAAGAAGGAUUAGCGGUCCGUCAAUGAGGAACUACCGACUCAUCUUUUGCCACAACCUGAAGCAGCCAUAGAUGGUUCAGUGUUUCGCUGUCUAGGGAGGAGUGCACAGGACACACUUUCACUGCUACACGACGUGAGGGACUUGGCGUGGCUGUGGUGAGGAGGAAGAGGGGACCAUGAGGAAGAGCACGUCUCCAUUGCCGGGCAAUGAAGGCGGGGGCUCAGCCAGCACCGCCCGUGUUUUUGGCGUGCCCCUGGAGGAGGUGACGCGCACCCCAACGAUCGGUGGACUGGAGGUCCCGGCGCUUGUCAAGGACAUUGUGGACUACAUCGAAGAGCAUGGUCAUCUGGACUUGGAGGGUCUCUUCCUGGUCAAUGGUAAUGCUGAACGCGUGGACUGGCUGCGGCGGCGCUACGACAGCGGCGAGGAGGUAGCGCUGGACAAGGAGGCAGACUUGGCGUCUGCAGUCAGUCUGCUGAGACUCUUUCUACAAGAGCUCCCCGAGCCUGUCAUCCCUGAGCCCAUCCAGGGCCCCAUUUUGCAGCUGCACCAAGAAAACGGCAGCGAGGAGGAGCUUUGCCGCAACUUGAAGUUCCUGCUCCAGCAGCUUCCGCAGCUCAACUACGGCUUGCUGCGCUUCCUGUGCCGGUUCUUGGCCAGCGUGGCGGCGCUGCAAGGGGAGAGCUGGAACGUCGGAGCGCUCGCGGCCGUCUUCGGGCCUGACAUCUUCCACCUGUCCGCAGAGGGCGAGGACCUGCGCGACCAGGAGUCUGUCAGUCGCGUCCUGGCCGAGCUGCUGGACAACCAGGAGGGCCUGUUUGACUCUGAGGACGACGACAUCUCCACUACCAACGACUACAGUUCCAUCAACGAACAGAUCACGGAGCUGCUGGACGAUGACAAGUGCGAGGCGGAGUGUGAGGAGCUGCCUCGAGAUGGCGAUGACGUCACCGCCUCUUCAAACUCACCGCAAUGCUCUGACGACCCGACAAACAGCUCCCAUCUCUCCCCUGUGCCCAUGCUGCCUGCUGACUCGGCAGAAAUCAUAGAGCGAACGAUCAGGGCUGCAGUGGAGCAGCAUUUCUUCGAACUGAAAUCCUCCCUUGACCAGGACCUAAGCAACUUUGACGAUCAAAAAAGUGAUACAGCCCAGCCUGCAAGUUACAAUAGUGAAUGUCAGCAAAAAGGAAACCAAGAAGACACGCAGGAUGCAUUGGUGCCUCCGGAGGAAGGUUCAGGUAUGGAGCUUGACGCCCUCCGGGAUGCCGACAACAACAUCAACGGCGCCAGGGAGACCAAUCAACCUGGGGACACCACAGGUUCGGACUCUACUUCACGCGACCACAACGCCAAUACCAGCCAAACGUCAAGCAGUGACCACACCACUCACAUCCAGCUUUUCCCUGACAACCAAUGGGACGCACCACCACCUCUUCCUCCUCAUCUCCACCUCCCUCCCAUAGACUUCUCAUGUAUGCACCUGCAGAAGGAAGGCCAAGAUCCCGUUCCAGCCUUCAAGUCGUGGCAGGACGACAGCGAGAGCGGCGAGGCUCAGUUGUCCCCCCUGGCGGGCCGCAUGGUUCCCCUCCCACUGCUGCCCCUGGAAGAAGACGAGGGGGAAGAAGGCAGCGGCGAUGGCGGGCGGGAGGAUGCUUCGGCUUCCUCCUCCCGUUCGCACCCGCACGUCCUGGCGCGCCGCUUCCUGGACUUCGGCGUGCACGGCGCACAGCGCUUCCUCCAGCAGGACGCCGAAGCUACCUCGCCGACCAAAGCGCACAGGCCGAGGCGGGCGUCGUUUGGCUCCAAGGAGGCCCUGAGAGGAGGCGACUCUGUAACGCACCAGCUCACCAAGAAGCUUCAACACCUCAAGAAGAAGAUCAAACAGUUUGAGGAGCAAUUUGAAAAAGAGAAAAACUACAAGCCGUCUCACGGCGACAAGGCAGCUAACACCAAAGUCCUCAAGUGGAUGACGGACCUCACCAAGAUCCGCCGACAGAUUAAAGGACGCCAGCACCACCUUAUUCCCAGGAGCACGCUGAGGCACCAGGCUGUGCUCCACUCACACAGGCGCCACCUGGCGCCGCCUGCCCCCUCGCCCCCCUCCCAUUGCACAUUUGCCCCUCACUCGGGCCCGUGUCACAUCAACGCCAAACACCGCGCCGAGAGCGACAUGGGCCCUCAGACUCGCCCGCGCAGCAACACGCUGCCCAAAAGCUUCGGCUCCACGCUGGAGCAGACUGCGGCCCACCAGUCCGCCGCGCCGCAGCCCACCCGCGAGGAGACCCUGGAGCUUAUCCAGCGGCGCGUGAGCGGCAGGCGCCAGGAGGACGGCUGGCCCGACGACAUCAAGAAGAUGACAAAAGAACAGUUGUCUUGCGAGAAGACUGUCCUCCAGAAAAACCUGCUGCACUACGAAGGCCUGCACGGGCGACCGGUGACUCGCGAGGAGCGUCUGGUGGUCAAGCCUCUCUACGAACGUUACCGUCUGAUCAAACAGAUGCUCACCAGAGUCACCAUCACGCCCGCCGUCACCGUGUCUCCUUCCAGCAAGAGGCGGACCCAAACCCUCCAACCGAUCAUCGAGGGCGAGACCGCGCACUUUUGGGAGGAGAUUAAAGAGGAGGAAGAGGAGCGAGCGGCGGGCCUAGAGGAAGGCGACAAGAAGGAGGAGGAGGACUUCAACGAGGAAGACGAAGAGGAGGAAGAGGAAGAGGAGGAAGGAGAGAGCAGCGGAGGAGAAAUGCAGAGUUCUGAAGUCAUCAUGGCCAUGGAGACCACCGGCAACACCACGGCGGGGGGUUCUAUUAGGAGCAAGAUGGACGAAGGCUCUGGGAAGAUGGCGCUCGACCUGAGGCUGUCCAGCUCCAACGCUUCAUCCAUGCCAGAGCUGCUGGAACAGCUGUGGAAAGCCAGAGCAGAGAAGAAAAAACUGAGGAAAACCAUCAGAGAAUUUGAGGAAGAGUUCUAUCAGCGGAACGGCAGGAAUGUGCAAAAAGAAGACCGCGAGCCAAUGCUGGAGGAGUACCGAGCCUACAAGCGACUCAAGGCCAAGCUGCGUCUCCUGGAGGUGCUGAUCAGCAAACAGGACUCCUCCAAGUCCAUCUAAACACGCGCAUGAAGAAAAGAGCUCACCGUUUGAUCGACGGCACCCUCCAACAAUCGCCCGUCACUUGUCACCAGGGCCUCAAAGAGUUCCCGCUCUUGACGCUUCGAGACUUUUAGGUGUCCUUUUAACACAAAAGGUUUUAUUGAGGGUGAACAAAAAAAAAAAAAAAAAACCUCUCAAUAGUCCUUUUUUUUGUUUGUUUUUUAACAUUAUACGCUCCCCCGAAACGCCCGCAGAGGCGGUUUCCUGCCGGCAGGCCCCGAGAGGAGUAUUUCUGUUCUUUUGGAGAGCUCGUAAAAAGCCAGCAUUUUGGAAGAUGUUAAAAGAAAAACUGUUAUUUGCACAGCGUUCUUCAGAAUGCAGCCCUGUUUGUGUGCGUGUGGCAAAGCACUACUUCUAUACAAAUAAAAAUAUAUAUAUAUAUUGUGUAAAUACAACCACAUGGAGAAUGAAUGUCCGAAACGUUUAAAUUAUACUAGUCGCACCCUCUGUCCUUUUUUGUUUCAUAUUUGUGACGCCCUGAGAUUGUUUUUUUUAAUGAUUUAUUGCUGUGAUUUCUCAUAUCUAUGACUUGUAUGUGAUAAUUUUUUUUUAUUUUACUCUGCAAAAAUGUACAAAGCCGAUUUAGAAUUAGUGCGUGAUCACGCUCGUCCUGUGGUUUCAAAUAUUUAAAAUGAGGAAAAGAAGAAAAAAAAAAGAUUGCAUGAUCCAACAGCGACAAUGACACGGUUUAUUGUUUCUAUUAUUUGUGCCAUCAAGAAGCAGCAAUAAUAAAAGUAUGCGAAUGAUCUACA